AUGGGCAUAAGCGCUGUUUGCCAGCGGGGCGACGCAGAGAGCAACCUUACUACCACGUUGGGUCUGUCAAAGUGCAUUGCCUACAACAUCAAGGAGAGCAAGCUGGAGUGGAAGAUACCUCCGUCGUGUACGAAUUCCACCACGGUGGAUGAGAAGAAGAUGAACAGUACACAGGGAAACUUGGUUGAACUUGACGACUAUUCCGAGCAUGUCUUCAAUAAUGAUGGCCGACUGGGUUGCUUCGGAAUGCUCGGACCUUAA